AUGACAACCAACGAUGCCGUUGAAGAAAUAUUUGAUGAAGUUGAUACAAAUCGGGAUGGACGUAUCGAUAAAGAUGAGCUUCGUAACUGGGCUUCAAAGCCAGAAGAAGUAACUACCUUCUCACAUGAAUCGUCAACUUGUGAUACUAGUCGCGAUUAUAAUACUACCGGUUGGGAUGACCGGUAUAGAUCUAAAGUUGGCAGUCAAAAUACUUUGGAAUUCACGACUGAUAAAGUGAAUUCAUAUGACACUACAAUAACAUCUAGAAAUUUCAUUAGUGAAAAGGUGAUUCGUACUAGUAGUGCAGAUGAAACGAAUCGAUAUCUAGCUACAUCAGUUGAUCAUAUUUACAAGGAUCUUAAUCCAAAAAUUAUUCGACGAGCAGCAACUGAUCGCCCAGUAACAUAUGAACAACGAGUUCUUGUUCGAUAUCUUCAACCACCACCUCUUCCACCGCCAGAACCACUUAUUAUUAAAGAGGUGCGUCAAGAACAGCCACCACCACCUCCACCACUGGUUAUACAUGAACAGUCAACACAUGUUACUCAAGCAGCUCCACUUAUCUUACGCGAGCGGCCACCAAUACCACCCUCACGUUGUGCUAGUGAAACCAAGAUUCGUUAUCUACCUGCUUUACCUGCUCCACCAAGAUCCGUUGUCAUCGAACGUUAUCCAGCUCCUCCGGCAAAACCACGCGAUAUUAUCAUUGAACGCUGGCUUCCCUACGGACCUCAAUCUGAACGCCAAACAAUUGUUCAACGCGCUCCUGCUCCUACAGAAUAUCCAAAACCAUCUUAUACUAUUGUUACUUAUGAUAAUGUUCAAAUACGUAUAGUUCGAAAAUUAGAAAAACUUGGUGUUACUCAAGAAAAUCCUGAAGCUUAUGUAGCUCGUUAUGGAAAUUCACUGUUAGACUCAGCAACACUUGUUCACGAGGCUCGUAAUGCAGGCGUUGUUGAAGAUAUAUCAACUCCAUUAUCAUCAUCUUCAAUAAUUUCACAUAGACGUGGAAAUACUGUUGAUUUUGACCAUUCCAAUGAAAUAACCAAUCAAGAUUUUUCAUCGUCAGUUGGAACUACUUAUGAAGGAAAUCAUCGAGUUACUGGCGGAGAAACUAUUGCUCUUGGUAGUAGAACUUAUUCAUCGUCGUCAGGAUCGCACUUGGCUGGUCAUCAUACUUCAAGUGGCAAUAUUACUGAAAUCCAAGGUGGAUAUCGUGUCGGUGAUGCAGCUUACCGCUACUAA